CAUGCAACAAUGUGAAUGUUUCAAUCCAUUGAAUCCCAUCAGAUCACGAUUGGGCGGCCAUCUCAGUGGCUGGGACCCCCCUCCCCCGGUCCUCGAGUCUCUUGCUUCUGCUUGCCUUCAAAUGUUCCACUCUCUCGUUCCAACCGUCAUCAGCUGGUUCGCUGGUGACAUAUGGGCUACUUCUCUCGCUUGCUCUUUUGUUUUGUAUUUUUUUCAAUUCUUGCUCUCCAUCGUCCUCAGAUGCACGCCGGAUGCAGCAGAUGGCAGGCUGGGAGCGGGCUGUCUGCUUGAUUGCUCGCCUGCUUGCACAGUGCUCUGCAGCAGCACAUCGGCAGCAGUUGGCAGGAUCCAUUGGCUGGGGAGGCCUUGCUCGCACGCACGUACAGACGACGGGCCCGGCUUGCGUGUUUGCCAGCCUGUCUGCGCGCACCGCAACCCAGAACAAGAGCUCCACCGCCGCUAAUGCCUGCCCGUCGCUAACCAACCUAGCCAGCCUAGCCUAGCCGUAAGCCUGCCCUGUCGUCUCAAACCCAGCGACUCUUCACAUUUGACUUGUCCUCGUCCUCUCCCCUUCACUCCCCACUGUCCUCACUUUCCUCUCUUCUUCUCUAUCCGCCCUCCCCCCCCCACUACGGUUGGAGCAUAAGAGUUUUGCUUGAAUUGGAUGGAGUAAGUGCUGCUGUCGCUUCCUGUCAAAUUCUGCCAUAAACUCUCCCCGCCUGCUCCUCGGUCUCGGUCUUACCAUACCAACCGUCCCUCUCUACUCUCUCCCUCGAACAGAUCCUCGGACUGUACAGACUCUUCCCUUCUGUACCCAUCCGUCUCCGUUCACCCUCGCUUUCCUAUCCACCGACGCUGAGCCAUCCUGCUCUCGUCCGUCCUCUCUGUCUCUCUCCCGACAUCACUCUCCUUGUCCAUCCUCCGACUCUCGUCGUCCUGCUCCUGUGCAGACUGUGCAAUUUUUCCUAAUUGCCAUCGGUAAGCCAAUCCCCCAUAACUAUCUCUUGCCAUUGCCCUGUCUCGUUCUUUUGCUCUUCCUCUCGUGUGUUCGGUCCUUGGAGGCUUUGUUUUCGCCCGGCUUCCCGUUGCCGCACCUAUGCCUGGAUCUACGUCCCCUUUUCUUGACAGGUCAUGUCCGGAAUGGGAAACGACAACCACCAACAGCCGCUACCCAAAGAGCAAUGCCGACACCUCCCCAAUACGACCCGAUGCUGUU